AUUUUUCAAUGGAGUUCUCUUCAUCAAAGUACUCUGAGAACAUCAGCAGCGAUGAAGACCUCGAAGAGGUCUUCGUCCAGAAGCAGCUGAGUGAAGAAACUUUUGGCAGAAAACAAGGCUUUAAACAUAAGGAUAGGAUGAAGUUUGAAAAUGAACCUACUGAUAUCAAAGAAGUCAAAUUUUUACCUAAUGUUGAGCGUGGUAGGAUGUUCAUCAGCGAACCUGAGCUACAGAGAUACCUCAAAAAUAACAAAUAAGUUCCAGUUUUUCCAUCUUCAAAGAAUCCAUAAGAAACAUAUGGAGUACUCUGGAGAGGAGACUUCUGUCCAAAACCAUGCUGACGGAGAUCAACAGAAUGAAGGAACUACUUUAAGCGCUAAUAAAAUCCAUAAUUCUGAGAGGAAUAAAUCGAAAAUGGACAUUAUCAAUCAGACAUUUGACCAACUCAAAUAAGAUCUCUGCUAGCAGUACGGCCCUGGAAUCCUUAACUCACGAUCUGAAGUUGCAACGGAGUAACAAUAGGAUCAUUGAGCAUGAUGCUAAAAAUAUGAUAGAUCAUAAAAAUGAAGAACUAAAGGAGCUAACAAUGGUAUUUUAUGAGAAAGAUAGAGUCAUUGAUAAAAUGGACAAAAGUAUAACUCAUCAUAAAGGUUUAUCAAAGAGGUAUGAGAGUGAGUGAGAAGAACUGAGAAAGGAAAUUGAUAGAUUGAGGGAAGAAAUGAGUUUGAGAGAUGAUGAAAUGGAAAUAAGAAUGGGACAUUUAAGAAAAGAACUAAAGGAUGAAAAGCGUAGAUAUAAACAAGCAGUCCUGACCCCAAAUUCUAGCUAAUCACCCUAAUACAACCAAUUAUCCACCUUAUUACAUCCAAAAAUGUC